AUUUCUUGGGGAGCACGAAUACGGCUCUCCUUUCCCAUCGGAGGCUAUAAAGUGACUCCUCGCUCUGCCUUCGUUUCGGGUUCGUUUCUUUGGAUAUUUCUCGCUUCCUCUCGAUCUCGAUCUGAUGGCGAACGAGGGCGGGGCUUCCUCUUCCGAUCCCAAGGGUAAGAAAGAUUAUAGCACGGCAAUCCUUGAGAAGAAGAAGGCGCCUAACCGUUUGAUCGUGGAUGAGGCGACCAACGAUGAUAACUCGGUGGUGUCGAUGAAUCCCGAGACGAUGGAGAAGCUGCAACUCUUUCGCGGCGACACCAUACUCUUGAAGGGAAAGAAAAGAAGGGAUACCAUCUGUAUUGCUCUAGCUGAUGAUACCUGCGAUGAGCCAAAAAUCAGGAUGAAUAAGGUUGUCCGAUCAAACCUCAGGGUAAGGCUUGGGGAUGUCGUAUCGGUCCAUCAAUGUCAAAACGUCAAGUAUGGGAAGCGUGUUCACAUACUGCCAAUUGAUGACACGAUUGAAGGAGUCACAGGAAAUCUUUUUGAUGCAUAUUUAAAGCCAUAUUUUUUGGAGGCAUAUCGUCCCGUUAGAAAAGGGGAUCUUUUCCUUGUCAGGGGAGGUAUGAGGAGUGUUGAAUUUAAGGUCAUAGAAACAGAUCCUGCAGAGUACUGUAUUGUUUCUCCUGACACGGAGAUUUUCUGUGAGGGAGAGCCUGUAAAAAGGGAGGAUGAGGAUAGGCUUGAUGAGGUGGGUUACGAUGAUGUUGGAGGUGUCCGAAAACAGAUGGCUCAAAUAAGAGAGCUGGUGGAGUUACCUCUUAGACACCCACAAUUGUUCAAGUCGAUUGGUGUCAAGCCACCAAAAGGUAUUUUGUUGUAUGGACCACCUGGUUCUGGGAAGACAUUGAUAGCUAGAGCCGUUGCAAAUGAGACAGGAGCGUUCUUCUUUUGCAUUAAUGGCCCAGAGAUUAUGUCAAAGCUAGCUGGUGAAAGUGAGAGCAAUUUGAGAAAAGCUUUUGAAGAAGCAGAGAAAAAUGCACCAUCAAUUAUAUUUAUUGACGAGAUUGAUUCCAUUGCUCCUAAGAGGGAAAAGACUAAUGGGGAAGUUGAGAGGCGUAUAGUAUCUCAGCUUCUGACGUUGAUGGAUGGACUAAAAUCUCGUUCUCAUGUAAUUGUCAUUGGGGCUACAAACAGGCCAAACAGUAUUGAUCCAGCUCUGAGAAGAUUUGGAAGGUUUGACAGGGAAAUUGACAUUGGAGUCCCAGAUGAAGUUGGGCGCUUGGAGGUUCUUCGGAUCCAUACCAAGAACAUGAAGCUAUCUGAAGAUGUUGAUUUGGAAAGGAUUGCCAAGGACACUCAUGGAUACGUAGGGGCUGACCUUGCUGCUUUAUGCACUGAAGCUGCUCUCCAGUGUAUACGUGAAAAGAUGGACAUAAUUGAUCUAGAGGAUGAAUCUAUUGAUGCUGAGAUUCUUAACUCUAUGGCUGUAACAAAUGAACAUUUUAAGACUGCCCUUGGCUCAAGCAAUCCAUCUGCUCUCCGUGAAACUGUCGUUGAAGUGCCAAAUGUUUCCUGGGAUGAUAUUGGUGGAUUGGACAAUGUCAAGAGGGAACUGCAAGAGACUGUACAAUAUCCCGUUGAGCAUCCUGAAAAGUUUGAGAAGUUUGGGAUGUCACCCUCCAAGGGAGUCUUGUUUUAUGGACCGCCUGGUUGUGGAAAGACCUUAUUAGCUAAGGCAAUUGCUAAUGAAUGCCAAGCAAACUUCAUCAGUGUCAAGGGUCCUGAAUUGCUGACAAUGUGGUUCGGUGAGAGUGAAGCAAACGUACGUGAAAUCUUUGAUAAGGCCCGUCAAUCUGCACCAUGUGUGCUCUUUUUUGAUGAGCUCGACUCCAUUGCAACCCAGAGAGGCAGCAGUGUCGGUGAUGCAGGAGGUGCGGCUGAUAGGGUUCUCAAUCAGCUGCUGACAGAGAUGGAUGGCAUGAACGCAAAGAAAACUGUCUUUAUUAUCGGGGCAACCAACAGGCCUGACAUCAUAGAUCCUGCUUUACUUCGCCCAGGCCGUCUGGACCAAUUGAUUUAUAUUCCUUUACCAGACGAGGCCUCUCGUCACCAAAUAUUCAAAGCUUGCCUGAGAAAGUCUCCUGUAUCGAAAGAUGUUGACCUGAGGGCUCUUGCCAAGUACACUCAAGGAUUUAGUGGUGCCGAUAUUACAGAAAUUUGCCAACGUGCAUGCAAGUAUGCCAUUAGAGAAAACAUUGAAAAGGAUAUUGAAAGAGAGAGGAAGAAGAGUGAAAAUCCUGAGGCGAUGGAGGAAGACGAGGCUGAUGAAGUAGCAGAGAUCAAGGCUACUCAUUUUGAGGAAUCGAUGAAGUUUGCCCGCAGGAGUGUGAGUGACGCAGACAUUCGCAAGUACCAGGCAUUUGCACAGACGUUGCAGCAGUCGAGGGGGUUCGGAAGCGAGUUCCGCUUUUCUGAGCGUUCCGAAGCUGCAGGUGGCGCCACAGGAUCAGACCCUUUUGCAACGUCAGCUGCUGCUGCCGACGAUGAUGAUUUGUAUUCUUAAAUUUUUCUUUGUCUUGGUGAAACAUUCACUCACAGCCCGCAUAGCUUAUGCCAUUUCGGACUCUGCAAAAUGGCCUUUGUGGUUCUCGAUAGAAUUGAGGACACGUGGAUUCGUUCUAUCCAACAUGUCACGUUGAAUUAAACCAUGGGAUUCUGUGCGCCAAUUUGUUUCCUUUAUAUGGAAGGUAACUUUUUCA